AUGUACAGACCUGUCCAAAUCAGAUUGGCUGCCAGACCCAGAGCCGGCGUUGCCUUCUCCACCAGCGCUCAAUUGCAAAAAUGGAGCGACAUUCCAUUGGCUCCUCCUGACAAGAUCUUGGGGAUUUCCGAGGCCUACGUCAAGGACACCAACACCAAGAAGAUCAACUUGGGGGUGGGUGCGUACCGUGACAACGACGGAAAGCCUAUCAUCUUCCCAUCAGUCAAGAAGGCCGAGGAGAUCUUGUUGGCCAAGGAGGUCGAGAAGGAAUACACCGGCAUCACCGGAAACAAGAACUUCCAAAACAUUGUCAAGAACUUCAUCUUCAACAACUCCAACAAGGACGCCAAUGGUGCCAAGUUGAUCGAAGCCAACAGAAUCGUCACUUCCCAGACCAUUUCCGGUACCGGUUCCCUCCGUGUGAUUGCCGACUUCCUCAACCGUUUCUACACAAACAAGAAGAUCUUGGUUCCAAAGCCAACCUGGGCCAACCACGUGGCUGUCUUCAAGGACGCCGGCUUAGCCCCUGAAUUCUACGCCUACUACGAAACUUCCAAGAACGACUUGGACUUCGACAACUUGAAGCAAUCGUUACAAUCCCAAGAUGAGGGCUCCAUCAUCUUGUUGCAUGCAUGCUGUCACAACCCAACUGGUAUGGACUUGACCGCACAGCAAUGGGACGAAGUUUUGGAAAUCAUCAAGUCCAAGAAGUUCUUUCCCUUGGUCGACAUGGCCUACCAAGGUUUCGCUUCUGGUGACCCAUUCAAGGACAUUGGCUUGAUCAGAAGAUUGAACGAGUUGGUGGCUAACGACGAGCUCAAGUCCUACGCCUUGUGUCAAUCCUUCGCUAAGAACAUGGGUUUGUACGGUGAAAGAACUGGUUCUAUUUCCAUCGUUACCGAGUCUUCCGACGCUUCCAAGGCCAUUGAGUCUCAAUUGAAGAAGUUGAUCAGACCAAUCUACUCUUCUCCACCAAUCCACGGUUCCAAGAUUGUCGAAACCAUUUUCAACGACGAAAACAGUCUUUUGCCUGAAUGGUUGUCGGAAUUGGACGCCGUUGUUUCCAGAUUGAACACCGUCAGAUCCAAGUUGUACGAAAACUUGGACAAGACCAACUACAACUGGGACCACUUGUUGAAGCAAAGAGGUAUGUUUGUGUACACUGGUUUGUCUGCUGAGCAAGUGAUCAGAUUGAGAAACGAGUUCUCCGUGUACGCCACCGAGGACGGUAGAUUCUCGAUCUCGGGAAUCAACGACAAGAACGUUGAAUACUUGGCCGACGCCAUCAACCAGGUGGUCAAGGCUUAA